UUGGGAGAAGAGUCAUUUCAUGGUGCGUAGUGGUGUUGUGUUGGGUCAUGUUGUGUCUAGUCGGGGGAUUGAAGUUGAUAAAGCAAAAAUCGAUGUGAUUGAAAAACUUCCCCCGCCUACGAAUGUUAAGGGUAUUAGAAGCUUCUUAGGCCAUGCCGGGUUCUAUAGACGUUUCAUUAAGGACUUUUCGAAGAUUAGCCAACCUUUGUGUCGCUUGCUUGCUAAUGAUGUGCCAUUUGUGUUUGAUGAUGCAUGUUUAGAUGCUUUUGCUACAUUGAAAGAAAAGCUUGUGACCGCACCUAUUGUCGUUGCUCCCGAUUGGUCCUUACCUUUCGAAAUUAUGUGUGAUGCUUCAAAUCUUGCCGUUGGAGCCGUUUUGGGCCAAAGAGUUGACAAAUUACUCCGAGUGAUUUAUUAUGCUA